AACCGGAGCACCCGGAGGAAACCCACGCGGACACGGGGAGAACAUGCAAACUCCACACAGAAGGGCCCUCGCCGGCCCCGGGGCUCGAACCCAGGACCUUCUUGCUGUGAGGCGACAGCGCUAACCACUACACCACCGUGCCACCCUUUUUUUAACAUGUAUAAAAUAAUUUUCAUAUAAAAAUCUGACCCUGGAGCGACCCAUUAGGCUACUGAUUCUUCAUAAUUUGAAUUAGUUUGCAUAACUCUGCUGCAGCUGCAUUCUGCAGGAAUGAGUUGUUUCCAUUCAUCAGCCAGCACUGGGAUGAAGGACACCAGGGCGAGCGCGAGACGAGACGACUGACCGUUUCUGACGUCAUGAAGAAAACAGUCAAGAGCUGUGACCCGCCCUUACGCAUGCGCACUUCGCACCGCCGCUGGCCAAUGAAAUCCGAAGCGCUAGUUUGACGCGUAUUUUGAAUCUACAGAGAAACGGCUGCGCGAGACCUGGUUCGGUUCCGACACGUCUUCUGCCCGAUAAACAAACCAUUAAAACCCGCACUGUUCGCACCCGACGAUGAGGAAGAGUGAGGUGCUCGCUGCAGAGGCAGUGUCCUGCCUAAAUAAAGCUCUGUGCCACCUGAAGGACAUCUGGGAGGAGAUCGGCAUCCCAGAGGAACAGAGACUGGAGAGAACAAAUGUGGUCAAAACUCACAUCAGAAGUCUUCUGGACAUGAUGAUUGCAGAAGAAGAGAGUCUAAGGAAGCGUUUGAUGACCAGUAUCGAGACCUGUCGUAAAGAGCUGAAUAAACUGUGCACGGAGCUGCAGCUUCCUCCAUAUCAGGAGGAGAAGGUAAACACAAUGCUCCAACAGGAGAAAGAUAUACGAACCUGUCUUGAGGUGAUGUUGAAACAGAAAGGUCAGAGAAUGCAGACGCUUAAAACCCUCAUAGAGCAGGAUCAGGAUCUCUGUGACGUUCUGUGCUCAGAGCCGUUCUCGAUCUCUGCGAGCGCAGUUCCUUCUGUGGAGCAACUGGAAAGCUUCCGACAACACAUUGCACAACUGACAGCAGAAAAGGAACAAAGACACAGCAAGUUUGUUGAACUAAAGAAAAAUAUCAUGCUUUGUAUGGACGAUCUGGAUCAAUUGCCCGAGACUAGUUUUGAAAAGGAUAUCGUCUGUGAGGACGAAGAGGCUUUUUGUCUUUCCAAAGACAACAUUGACUCCCUUAAGGUCCUCCUUCACCAGCUGGAGAGCAGGAAAGCUGAGAACGAGCGUAUGUGCGUGUCAUAUCGAGGAAAGAUCCAGGAGCUGUGGGACAGGUUGCACGUCUCACAGGAAGAUCGUGAUGCGAUUGCUGAGCACAUGACCAUGUCGAAGAAGAGGAACAUGGAAGCUCUGCAAGCUGAACUCAAGCGCCUGGAGGAACUGAAGCUGAGAAAUAUUCAGGAUCUUACGAAGGGUAUUCGAGAGGAAAUUGCAGUGUUCUGGGAUAAAUGCUUUUACAGUAGCGAUCAGCGCCAGGCUUUUCUGCCCUACUAUGACGAUGAUUUUAACGAAGAGCUUCUGAACUUGCAUGAAUCUGAGAUUCAGCACCUAAAACAGCAUUAUGAAGAUCAUAAAGAACUUUUUGAAGGUGUUCACAAAUGGGAGGAGAGUUGGAGGCUUUUCUUGGAGCUUGAAAAAAAAGCCACAGAUCCAUCCAGAUUUACCAACAGAGGAGGAAACCUUUUAAAGGAGGAGAAACAAAGAUCAGACCUGCUCAAAGGCCUCCCGAAGCUUGAAAAGAAGCUGACCGUUCAGAUCGAGCAGUGGGAGCAAGAACAAGGCAGAGAGUUUCUGGUCCAGGGUCAGAAGUUCCUGCAGUUUGUUUCUGAGCAGUGGGAACUCUAUCGCCUGGAGAAGGAGCGGGAAAAACAGGAACGGCAAUUAAAAAAGAGCAAACAGACAGAGGAAGACAUGCUGUAUGGCACUGCUGUACGGUCACCAACUAAGCGAAGAUUUUUGGGCAGUAUGACCCCGUGCAAGGCACGAAAGCUAAACGCUACGUCCAGCACGUCCGCUGGCAACUCUAACAGCACGAUGCGCUCUGUGUUUUGUGGAACUGUCUGCCACUCACCUGUGUCCCGCCCUCCAAUAUCAGCCAGCAAGGGUAAUUCCUUGAAGACCCCUGGUCGAGGAAAACCUCCUCAUCAAGGACUGGCAGAACGUAAUAAGGAGAAUGUCUGUCAUCUUACCUACGCCACAGGUGGUGUGUUGAAGAUCCCAGCGAGCCCGCAGCGUAACUUCAGCAUUAACUCGGUCGCCAGCACCUAUUCUGAGUUUGCGGAAAUAGUCAACACUGAAUCCAGUCACUCAAGAGAGACCUCUCCAAGGCCUCAAAGUCAAAACACACACCAGACGUCUUGAACUCAACCAUCACACACCUAUGAACACACUUUAAAAAAAAAAAUAUAUAUAUAUAUAUACACAAAAUACUGUCAGGACUGGAGAGGGAAACCCUGCAUGACCUGAUCACUCUGCAAAAGCAUUAAUGUUCACCUUUUCAAUGUCUGUAUUUGUUUUUAUAUGUAAAUGAUGGUAAUGUAUAUUUAAUAUUUCUUAAAGAAUCAGUAUGUUUAUGUUUGUGAUUAAUACUAUUUCUAAUGAACCCCCCCCCAGUCAUAUGUUAAGGUUAAAAGUAAUCCGUUCACCUUCUAACAUUUUUAAACGUAAGGAAAUGGUGAUUGGGUGUAUGAUCUAUCGUAGGCUGUUACCAGCAGUAUUAGCAAAUGUACCUGAAAUCUACGCCGAUCAUGAAUGUUUUGCACAAUAUAUUGUUACACGUUUUUUUUUCCUCUCCCUUUAUUCUAUUGUUCACUACUUAAAAAUAUUCUUGAACACGUCACUCAUUAUUCAGCAAUGUACACAAUAAACAAAUAGGCUUCAUUGAA